CUCUUCUUGCAUUGCUUCCCCCUUUUUUUUUCCGUUAUCCACGUCAUUACUAUAGUUUAUAAAUGAAUUUAGAAAUUUAUCUGAAAUUAGGAUUUCUCCACCUGCUGAUUGAUUUUGCUAAAAAGUAUUCGUACCCAAAAAAAAAUCUAAAAAGUCUUACCAUUAAAAAAAAAAAGAUGACAUUACCCGCCAUGGCAUGGGUUGAAUGCAAAUGUUGACUUCAUCCUUCAGGUUCUUUCUUUCUUUGAUGAACUCUGAAGGAAGGAGUGUAGUUUUCUGAUUCAGCUUUAAAUAGUUUAUUCCCUUUCAUUCUAUCUCAUCUAUCCAUGUCUUCCUCUAGUUUCUUCCCCCAAACUGCGGUAAUUUCGGGUUACCAACAGGCAAGAAGAAGAACCGACACAAGGAUCCAUGACGUGUUCCUAAGUUUCAGAGGCAAAGAUACUCGUGCUUCCUUCACUUCACAUCUCUAUGCUUCUCUUCAGAACGCUGGAAUCAACGUUUUUAGAGACGAUGAUUCGCUUAAAAGAGGACAUUGCAUUUCAAAAUCAAUAAAACGAGCAAUUGAAGAAUCUGAAAUUUCUAUUAUCAUUUUCUCAAAAAAUUAUGCGAAAUCGCGUUGGUGUCUAAAUGAGUUGUUGACGAUAAUGGAGUGUCGCAGAAGCAUAGGGCAGGUGGUGCUUCCGGUGUUCUAUGAUGUUGAUCCCUCAGAAGUACGUCAUCAAACUGGUGAGUUUGGAAAUUCAUUUGAAUAUCGUUGGAACAAUCCAAACAUAAAUCUUUCAAAGACAGUCAGAGAAAAGAAGCUGCUGGUGAAGUGGAGAAAAGCACUUCUAAAGGCGGCUAGCCUAGCAGGAUUUGUAGUCUUGAAUUUCAGGAAUGAAAGUGAGGUUAUCAAGGAUAUUGUUAACAAUGUAACGCAUUUGCUUGACAAGACAGAUUUGUUUAUUGCUAAUAAUCCGGUGGGAGUUGAAUCUCGAGUUCAAGAUAUGAUUCAACUGCUAGACCAAGAUAUCCAACAAUCAAAUGAUGUUCUCCUACUAGGGAUGUGGGGUAUGGGAGGAGUUGGUAAAACAACCAUUGCCAAAGCUAUUUACAAUAAAAUUGGCCAUAAUUUUGAUGGUAGAAGCUUCCUUGCAAAUAUUAGGGAAGUUUGGGAGCAAAAUGUUGGCCGGGUGAAUUUACAAGAAAAACUUCUCUUUGAUAUCUGCAAAGAAAUGACAAUAAAAAUACAAAGUGUUGAAAACGGAAAAAACAUAUUAAAGGAUAGACUCUGCCAUAAAAGAGUAUUGAUUGUACUUGAUGAUGUUAAUACACUUGACCAACUGGAUGCUUUGUGUGGAAGUUGUAAAUGGUUUGGUUCGGGGAGUAGAAUAAUCAUUACAACAAGGGAUAGGCAUAUACUUUGUGGGGAUAGGGCUAACCAUGUAUAUGAAAUGAAACACAUGGAUGAAAGUGAAUCAAUUGAGCUAUUUAGUUGGCAUGCAUUCAAGCAAGUGAGUCCGACAAAAGAUUUUAUUGAAUUUUCUAGAAAUGUAGUUGAGUAUUCUGGGGGGUUGCCACUAGCAUUGGAAGUCCUUGGGUCAUAUUUAUUCGAUAGAGAAGUAAGAGAAUGGAAAAGUACAUUGGACAAACUCAAAAGAAUUCCUAAUAAUCAAGUACAAAAGAAGUUAAGAAUAAGCUACGAUGGUUUAAAUGAUGACAUUGAGAAAGAAAUAUUCCUCGAUGUAGCUUGUUUCUUUAUUGGGAUGGACCGAAAUGACGUUACACUUAUAUUAGAUGGAUGUGGACUUUUUGCAGAAAUUGGAAUAAGUAUCCUUGUUGAGCGAAGUCUUAUAACUGUUGAUGAUAAGAACAAACUUGGAAUGCAUGAUUUGUUGCGAGAUAUGGGAAGAGAAAUCAUUCGUGAGAAAUCACCAGAGGAGCUCGAGGAGCGUUGCAGGUUGUGGUUUCAUGACGAUGUGCUUCAUGUAUUGUCAGAACAUACGGGAACAAAAGCUAUUAAGGGACUGGCUUUGAAGUUGCCAAGAUCCAAUGAAAAAUGUUUUAGUACUAAAGCAUUCAAGAAGAUGAAGAGACUUAGACUGCUUCAACUUUCUGGAGUAAAACUUGAUGGAGAUUUUGAAUAUCUUUCGAGAAAUCUGAAAUUGCUGUCUUGGAAUGGAUUUUCUUUAACACAUAUACCUAAUAACUUUCAUAGAGAAAAUUUAGUUUCCAUCGAGUUACAGAAUAGCAAUGUCAGUCUUUUAUGGAAAGAGGACCAGAGGUUGGAAAAGCUGAAAAUUCUAAAUCUUAGUCAUUCUCAUUGUCUGACGCACACCCCUGACUUUUCAUACUUGCCUAAUCUUGAGAAGCUGGUACUCAAAGAUUGUCCAAUGUUGUCUGAGGUUUGUCCUACCAUUGGAGAUCUCACUGAAAUACUUCUAAUAGAUUUGGAAGAUUGUGUUAGCCUUCGUAGCCUUCCAAGAAGCAUCUAUAAGUUGAAAUCUUUGAAAAUACUCAUUCUUUCUGGGUGUUUAAUGAUUGACAAGUUGGAAGACGACUUGGAACAAAUGGAAUCAUUAACCACUCUUCUAGCAAACAACACUGCAAUAACAACAGUGCCCUUUUCAGUAGUAAGGUCAAAAAGCAUUGGAUAUAUCUCUCUAUGUGGCUAUGAAGGACUUUCACAUGAUGUGUUUCCAUCUAUCAUCUGGUCUUGGAUGUCACCAACAAAUAAUCUUCCACCCCUAUUUCAAACAUCUAAUAUCAUGUCAUCUCUUGUUCCUCUAGAUGUACCACAUAGUAGUUCCCACGAACUAUCAUCGAUUUCCAUGUACCUUCCAAAUCUUCGAAGUCUUUGGGUGGAGUGCAGUUCAGAACGUCAACUUUCUCAUGAUGCAGCAAUAAUUUUGGAUGCCUUGCAUACCAUAAAUCGUAAGGAGUUGGAACCAACUGCAACUACGUCACAAGUAUCAAAACAUUCCUUGAAGUCUCUUUUAAUUCAAAUUGGAAUGAAUUGCCAAGCCACUAAUAUUCUGAAAGAUAUAAUUUUACAGAAUAUAGAUGUCAAUAGUAGUGGUGGUUGUUUGCUUCCUGGUGAUAGUUAUCCAAAUUGGUUAACCUUUCUUUCGGAAGGUUCUUCUGUAACUUUAGAAGUCCCUCAAGUGGAAGGGCGUAACUUGAAGACAAUGAUGUGCAUUGUCUAUACUUCAACCCCAGAUAACAUAACAUCAAGUGGCCUUAAAAAUGUGUUAGUGAAAAAUUACACAAAGGCCACCAUUCAGCUCUAUAAGAGCGAGGCAUUAGUCUCCUUUGAAGAUGAGGAGGCUCUGAGGGUAGUAUCAAGUAUAGAACCCGGUAACAAAGUGGAGGUCGUUGUUGUUUUUGAGAACAGUUUCAUUGUGAAAAAGACAGCAGUUUAUCUCGUAUACGAUGAACCAUCUGUCAAGAGAUUCUCUACUGAAGAGGAGCCCACUGAUGACUUCAAUCAGAACAGAAAGAAGAAAAACCGAGUGGAAUGAAUCAAUGAAAGAUAGUAAUGCAAUGGCCGAGCAAAAAUCAAUUUUAUGAUGACUGCUAACAAUUGUUUUCCAUUUUUGGCUUACAAGCUGCUUUGUCAUUGUCUGAUUUUUGGUCUGUAGUUUCUAGAUUUUAUCCUUGGUGAAUUUUUGUAUUCACAAAGAGUUCUGAAAGAUUCUAAUUUGUUCUGUUACAAUUCUUCCAUGUCAUAUACCAUUUAAAUGUCUUUUAACAAAAUGGACUCAAAUAGUUAUAGCAUUUAAAUGUUUAGCAAACUUCUGUAGUCCUAAAUAAUAGGAUAUAUAGCUGCCAAGA